CCUGUGCGGGUUGUGCCCAUUGGCCCUGUCUUGUUUCGCCGCGAUGCCUCUGAACGUGGACGUGGGUUUGUCGGACUCUGACGCGGAAUCUGAAACAGUUGCUCCACAUGUGCCUUCUCCUGGCCGCAAGGUCCCAGUGGUGAAGUUUGCCAUGAAGCAGAAGUACUGUUGGUUUCGAAAAGGGGCAAAGGUGAAGCCCUUUAAGUUUCCGAAGCACGGCGUCACCGUGGGUGGCAAACCUUUGCGCGUGCAACCUGCAUUGGUGUCACUAAAACGCGUGGCGCCACUUUCGAUGGAGGUAGUAUCGCGGCAGGACCCUGGAAAGAAGGACAACGGUGCCAAGAAGUUCUGUGGGAAGAGGAUGUUCAAGUCCUUUGGAACCAUACGUUGUUUCUCAGCUUCGACCACUGUGACCCUCUCUGGUGCAUCUUGCCGAUCGAUCACAGACCUGGCCAAUCAAGUGUGGCACUUGAAGAGUUACUGCGACUCAUUGAAAGCUGUCAACAAGAGCCGGGCGAAGAUGAAGUUCUUGAGUGUUCCUGCUGCGGAGUACUUUUCAGGCCUCCCGCUGGGCUGGACUUCGCCACAUCCCGGCGUGGAUGCUUCCAAGUUGAAUGCUUUCUUCCCAACCGUAGAGGGAAUCCAGAAGCUGAACGCCAUCAGCCUAUUUUCAGGCGUUGGUGGCCUUGAAGCAGGGACGCGUCAGUGGUUCCGCACUGUCGAGAUGGUGGAGGCUGACAGCUUCUGCCGUUCAGUCCUGCGGGCCAGGAUGGCCGACAAAAGUUUGGAUGAAUGCCCUAUCAAGGAUGACGUUGUAGGCUAUGCUCCAGAAGGGGUGGCUGCCAGGGCAGAGGCCAUCCUGGCAGGCUUCCCGUGCCAAGGUGUCUCCUGUGCUGGAUCACAAAAGGGGAUGGGCGAUGUAAGAACAAGAUUGCUACGGGAAGUGUUCCGAGUGUGGGACUUGCUGCCUAAGGGUCGUGUGCUUUUGUUGGAGAACGUCUUGGCUUUGUUCUCCAGCAAGCCAGAGUGCCGGCAGCUUUUGGAGUGGCUCCUGAAGGCCACUGAAAAACGUGGUUUGCGUCUGCACUGGUGCGCCUUGCAUCUGCGGAAUUGUGGGUUGCCUGCUGGUCGAGGACGUGUCUUCCUGGCCGCCACGCGAUCGGGAGAUUCUUUCUUGAAAGUGAAGGGGGCUGCCCAGCACAUCAACCACUUCGUUGACCAGCGAUGGAACACCAUGAACACAGUGGCAGAACCGAACUGGCUUUGUGAGUCCCGCAGUGAAACCGACAAGUCCCGAAUCCAUGCCAUGGGAAACCUAGUGGUGCCUGCGCAGGCCUUCACUGCUAUGUGUGUUUUGGCCGAGCUGAGCAAGGCAUCAGACUAAUGUGAUUGUUUAUUAUUAUGGUGGAG